UGCUUGGAGUGUGGAAAGAGCUUUGUUCAGAGUUCAGACCUUACUAAACAUCAACGUAUCCACACAGGGGAGAAACCAUAUAAAUGCUUGCAGUGUGGAAAGAGUUUUGCUAUCAAUGGACAACUUACUGUCCAUCAACGUAUCCACACGAGGGAGAAACCAUAUAAAUGCUUGCCGUGUGGAAAGAGCUUUGCUACCAAGGGACAACUUACUGUCCAUCAACGUAUCCACACUGGGGAGAAACCAUAUAAAUGCUUGCCGUGUGGAAAGAGCUUUGCUACCAAGGGACAACUUACUGUCCAUCAGCGUAUCCACAUGGACGAGAAACCAUAUAAAUGCUUGCAGUGUGAAAAGAGCUUUGCUACCAAGAUAGAACUUACUGUCCAUCAACGAAUCCACACUGGGGAGAAACCAUAUAGAUGCUUGCAGUGUGGAAAAGGCUUUGCUCGGAGUUCACACCUUAUUAUUCAUCAACGUAUCCACACUGGUGAGAAACCAUAUAAAUGCCUAGAAUGUGGGAGGAGUUUUGCUCGGAGUGACAACCUAGCAGCUCAUCGACGAAUCCACACGGGGGAGAAACCAUAUAAAUGCUUGGAGUGUGGAAAGUGCUUUGCCUAUAAUACACACCUUACUGUCCAUCAGCGUAUGCACACGGGGGAGAAACCAUAUAAAUGCUUGGAUUGUGGAAAGAUAUUUGCUCAUAGUGGUAGCCUAGCUAAUCAUCGACGAAGCCACACUGGGGAGAAACCAUAUAAAUGCUUGGAGUGUGGAAAGAGUUUUGCUUGGAGUAAAGAUCUUAGGACUCAUCAACAUAUCCACACUGGGGAGAAACCAUAUAAAUGCUUGGAGUGUGGAAAGAGCUUUAAACAAAGUUCAGCCCUUACUAAACAUCAGCGUAUCCACACUGGGGAGAAACCAUAUAAAUGUUUGGAGUGUGGAAAGUGUUUUGCUCGGGGUUCAAGCCUUACUUACCAUCAACGUAUCCACACUGGGGAGAAACCUUAUAAAUGCUUGGAUUGUGGAAAGAGCUUUGCUUGCAGUGUAAAACUUAGGAUCCACCAACGUAUUCACACUGGGGAGAAACCAUAUAAAUGCUUAGAGUGUGGAAAGAGCUUUGCUAUCAAGACACAACUUACUGUCCAUCAACGUAUCCACACUGGGAAGAAACCAUAUAAAUGCUUGGAUUGUGGAAAGAGCUUUGUUCAGAGUUCAGAUCUUACUAAACAUCAACGUAUCCACACUGGGGAGAAACCAUAUAAAUGCUUGGAUUGUGGAAAGAGCUUUGCUCAGAAAACACAGCUUACUUACCAUCAACAUGUGCAUGCAGGGGAGAAACCAUAUAAAUGCUUGGAUUGUGGAAAGAGCUUUGGUCAGAGAGGUCACCUAGCUACUCAUCAACGAAUCCACACUGGGGAGAAACCGUAU